AUGGGUAAAACGCCAAGCUUAAACCUUCUUAAGGGUACAAAAAACAUCGAAGAUACAGUAAGAUAUGUGUGUUUGAAAGACGGAGAAGGCGAUCAUGAGCAUGAGCCAUUGAGUUCUGGGGCUAGGUUUUUUCAUGAGCCAGGUUUUAAUGUCUACAUCCUCACUAAAAUUGGUGCAAAAUCCUCAUUCGAUAUCAACCGAACUAAAGCCUAUUUGAUUCAAAUGAUUGAUAAAUAUCCUUGCUUCUCUCAAGUGGUGGUUAAAGAUAAAGAAAGUGGGAGCAUGAAAUGGGUUCCCACGCAUGUAAACGUAGAUGACCAUCUUAUUGUACCGGAAAUCGAACAAAACAUGGAUUCAUCAGACCAAUUCAUCGAAGAUUACAUCUCAAAUCUUACUGUAUCUUGUAUUGACAACUUGAAACCAUUAUGGGAUGUACACAUCCUCAACACAAGGACCUCGGAUGCACAAGGCACAUGCAUCUUUCGUGCUCAUCACUCACUUGGAGAUGGUCUGUCAUUUAUGAGUAUGUUGCUUUCUCUUAGUCGAAAGGCCUCCGAUCCUGAGGCAUUGCCUACACUUCCCGUGAAUAUGAAGGCCCAUCAUCAUACCACCACAGCUACUAAUGUUAUUUCCUUUUGUAUGGUUCUUUGGAACACUUUUGUCGCACUUAUGUUGUUUGUGUUCACUACCAUGUUUCUAAAAGACACAGAAACACCUAUGAAAGCCUCAACUGGUGUUGAAGAUAGACGUCGGCGCAUUGUUACUCGAAGUGUUAGCCUUGCUGACAUAAAGUUGGUGAAAAACGCUAUGAAUGCUACUGUGAACGAUGUAAUAGUUGGAGUUAUACAAGCUGGUUUCAACCGUUACCUAAAGCGGAGAUAUGAAGAGAUAAAUAGUCCUGUUCCAGAAAACAUUCUCCUUCGUGCAAUGAUUUCUUAUAACUUGCGAGCCUCUGUGAAUGUUGAUGCUUCUGCGAAAAAUACAAAUGAAAACGAAACAUGGGGAUACAAGGUAGGUUAUAUACUACUUCCAUUCAACGUCAAAAAUAGAAGUGACCCGUUAGACUAUGUACGGGAAGCAAAGUCUACCAUGGAACGCAGAAAAGCUUCUUUAGAACCAUUUGCCACUAGAUUCUUUGCCAAGUCAUUGGUCAAUAAGUUGUUUGGUAUGAAGAUUGCAGGAAAGUUGAAUCGUAAUGUUUACUACAACACAACAUUUUGCUUCUCCAAUAUGCCUGGACCAAAAGAAGAAAUAUGUGUCCUCGGACAUGAAGUUACCUAUCUUGCUCCUAGUCUUUACGGGAUACCCAGUGGAUUGAUGAUUCAUGUGAUCAGUUAUGUUGACAAAGUGACAUUUGUUCUAUCAGCAGAUGAAAAAACUAUACCUGACCCCCGAAGGUUAUGUGACGACCUUCAACAAUCACUGCACCACAUCAAGUGUUCAGUUUUAGCUAAACCAUGUGUAGAGAACUAG